AUGUCAAUUUUAAGAUCAAUUACUUCUAUUUCAAAAACCUCAAAUAAUUUAAACUCCAACUCCAAUAGUUUGGUAAAUAAAGUUGCUAGUGGCUACCCAUUAUCCAAUAGUGAUCAAUCAAUAAACGAAAACCAAUACUGGCUUUCAAAGAAACCAACUGUUACUUUUAUUUCAAUCUACAACAUUUUCAGAAUUCCAGCAUAUGUUUAA